GACAGCUGUACACUUUCAGGUAGAGCAAGGAGCCCAAAUUCGUAAGUAUUUUCGUACUUCUGAGGUGGAAUCUGCUUCGCCAUGGCUAGUCCUGAAGCUGGAAGGAAGAAGGAAGUGGUAGAUGCCGAUGUGGUGGUGAUAGGGGCUGGAAUAAGUGGUUUGUGUGCUGCCAAGCUCCUCCACGAGUCAGGUCUGGAUGUACGAGUGCUGGAGGCCAGGGACAGGGUUGGGGGAAGGACCUUCACUGCCAGGGAUCCCAGCUAUGGGUAUGUUGACCUGGGAGGUGCGUAUGUGGGGCCCACACAGGACAGAAUCCUGCGCCUGGCAAAAGAACUGGACUUGAAACUCUACAAGGUCAAUGAAAAGGAGAAAACAGUGAAUUACUGGGAGGGAGUGCAGCGUGCAGUUACCAAACCCGACGACCCCUCAGCUCUGUCAAACAACCCGCUUAAUCUUUUCGACCUGAACAGCUGCUUGCAGAAAAUAGAGGAUUUCUGUCAACAGAUACCCCCUGAUGCUCCUUGGAAUGCACCAAGAGCAGCAGAAUGGGACAGUAUGACAGUCAAGGAGUUCAUGGACAAGGAGUGCUGGACAAGCUUAGCGAGGAAGAUGGUGGGUUUGAUUGUGGUGGCCAUAUACUGCUGUGAGCCCCAAGAGAUCUCUUUCCUGUACUUCCUAACUUACCUGCAUUCUGGUCAGGGACUCAGAAGAAUGAUCAGUAUCACCAAUGGAGCACAGGAGAGAAAAUUUGUGGGUGGUUCUAUGCAAGUGAGUGAGAAGAUUGCGGAGUUGCUUGGCAACAGAGUUGUUCUGUCCAGCCCUGUCAUGAGGAUAGAACAGCAGGAGGCAGUUGUCAUGGUGACCACACACACUGGGCAGCAGUACAGAGCCAAACAUGUCAUCAGUGCUGUGCCUUCACCCCUUCUGCACAGAAUUCUAUUUGAACCUCCACUGCCAGACUUGAAAAUGCAGAUGAUACAGAGGAUGCCAAUGGGAUCUAUCAUCAAGACAGUCACCUACUACGAAACAGCAUUUUGGAAAGAGAAAGGUUUUUGUGGCUCAGCAUUGUCUGACAAGGGGCCUGUCAAUUACUGCAUGGAUGACACCAAACCAGAUGGCUCCCAUCCUGCCAUCAUGGGUUUCAUCCUGUCCACACAUGCCAGAGAGCUUUGUGAGAUGUCCCCUGAGCAAAGGAAGCAGGCAGUGUGUAAACACUAUGCUGAAGUCUUCCAGUGUCCAGAGUUCCUUCAUCCUGUGAACUAUGUAGAGCAGAACUGGAUGGCAGAAAGCUUUUCUGGGGGCUGCUAUGUCGCCACCUUAGGACCAGGUGUGCUGACCAGCUUUGGAAGAGAGCUCCGCAAGCCGUUUUGUCAGAUGUACUUUGCUGGUACAGAGACGGCUGUGAAGUGGAGUGGGUACAUGGAUGGGGCAGUAGAAGCUGGAGAGAGAGCUGCAAGACAGGUUUUACACGCCAUGGGGAAGAUAUCAGAAGACCAGAUCUGGCAGGAGGAGCCCCCCAGUGUUGAAGUACCCCCCACCCCCGUUAGAGUCGAUCCAAUAGAGAAGAUCCUGCCAUCCAUCCCACAGCUCCUGUAUUUCCUGCUGGCAUUUAUUGUGCUGCUGGUUGCUGUUCUGUGUGUCUAUCUGUUGUAGAGACAAAACAGCAGUAUAUAGAUUCUUUCUAUUGGUGAGGCAAUACUGAAAUCUUACUUCUUCAGGAGAGCAUAAAAAUUGAAAUGUCACCCCAAUAUGUAAAUAAAAUAAACAACAGAUGUGCACACGUCUUUCAGCAAGGACAUUCUAUGAUAUAUAAUCAUGAAAGUGAUGAAAGCUUCUUGCUUUCAGGUAAUCUAUAGUAUAAAAGGAAGUAUCAUUGCGUGCGGGUUUAUAAUUUCUAUCUAAUAAUAGUAUGUAUAUCAAGCAGAGUGGACUAAGUCUCAGUAUUACUGGGCAAUCAGCUAGCCUGAGAAGAUAAUGAGGAUAAGAAUCUUGUGUACUACAAACCUGUGUACUUGACUUGUAUGCUUGUAAUUUUACUUGUAGUACUGUUACGCUAUUCUCAUAUCUUUUAUUUAAGAUUUUACUUAGUACCCUGACUUUUAAUAUUUUAUUCAAUGUAAUAUACGUUUCGUGAAUCAAUGUAAUUUUAUUGAUAGGUGUAGCAACGUAAUUUUCCACAUUUUAAUGUUAAUUAGCAAAGGUAUUUCAGACACCACUUCAUGUUGUACGUCUGCUAUUUGCUGAUAAAGUCAUAUCGAAAAAAAGAAACACAAUGAUGUUGUAUCAAACAGCAAAUAAAUUAUGAAUGAAAUUAUUCAGCAUAUUUUUUAUAA